AUGUCUGCUAUCACUGUCCCCACUGCGCCUCCUGCUACGCCUAGCAAAAAGAUGACCGCGGACUUCAAUGCCAAGUUCUCACUGGAGUCUCCUACCAAGAAGAUUGUUGACGACGAGCGCCGCUCAACCUCGCCUGAGACUGUUGGCGAUGCCGAAGAAGAGCUCGAGGCCCUCAGGAAGCAGUAUGUCGGUGAAGUUGACCUACCUGAGAGCGAGGAGCCUCUGUUGAAGGAGACCAAGAGUCGCUUUGUGUUGUUCCCUAUCCAAUAUCACGAGAUCUGGCAAAUGUACAAGAAGCACGAAGCAUCUUUCUGGACUGCUGAAGAGAUGGACCUGUCUAAGGAUCUCCAUGACUGGAACAACCGAAUGAACGACAACGAGCGUCACUUCAUCUCCCACGUCCUCGCCUUCUUCGCUGCUUCGGAUGGCAUCGUCAAUGAGAACCUUGUUGAGCGCUUCUCGAAAGAGGUUCAGGUUGCUGAAGCUCGCUGCUUCUAUGGCUUCCAAAUCAUGAUGGAGAACAUCCAUUCCGAGACCUAUUCCCUCCUUAUUGACACCUAUAUUAAAGACCCCGCCCAACGGGAAUACCUCUUCGACGCGAUCGAGACUAUUCCUUGCAUCAAACGCAAAGCUGACUGGGCCCUUCGAUGGAUCUCCGACGAACGUUCCACCUUUGCAGAGCGUCUUGGCAUUUUCUUCUCCGGCUCAUUCGCUUCCAUCUUUUGGUUGAAGAAGCGUGGCUUGAAUGCCUGUCGUGACGAGGGCAUGCACACCGACUUUGGAUGUCUUCUCUUCAGUCACUUGAAGCGUCGUCCUCACCCCGAGGUUGAGUUCCUCACUGAUGCUCUCCCUGUCUCCCUCAUUGGCAUGAACUCUAAGCUCAUGUGCCAGUACAUCGAGUUCGUGGCUGAUCGUCUACUCGUGGCCCUUGGCAAUGACAAGGUGUACAACUCAACAAACCCCUUCGACUUCAUGGAUAUGAUCUCGCUGCAGGGCAAGACCAACUUCUUCGAGAAGCGCGUAUCGGACUACUCAAAAGCCAAUAUCAACCACUCUGCGACCAGCAGCACUGUCGACUCGUCGAAGACAUUUGUUCUCGACGAGGACUUCUAG